AAUUGACAAAGGGAUGAUAUUUUGUUGUAGUGUUGAUUUAUCAUCCACUAUUCGGCAUAGUGGGUGGGGCGGCAAGUAUUCCUUCGUGUCUCAAUGUUUCAGCCCUUCUGAAGGAUUACAUAGUAUCUCGCCAGCAGGCUUGAUUUCACUUUAUCCAGUAUCUGCUGUGGCUGACCAACUGGCAGGCUCCAUAGAAGCCGCGGGGCCUUAACGGUUAAGGCCUAGCCCGAUUCCUGGCGGGCCGCGCGGGAAUAUCGAUACAUACUUCGCACUCCGAAAGUGGUGUAGAAUGAUAUGAUGAUGGGAAGCAAUCCCUCUUUUGGCUAUGAAUAAUCCAUGCUCAGCCCGCUGGUUCCAUGAUCGGCCACCACAUCUUUGGGAAAAACUUAAUCUGGUGACGAUGAAAUCAAGGAGCUUUCUAGCCGAGGGUAGAAUAUCAUCCACACUCAAACAUCAGCAGCCCUAUCACACAAGCUAGAAAAACUGGUAUGAUUCAUUUUAUUAGUAUGAUCCUUUGUUCAUAAUUUGUUUCGAAUCCUUUUCGCCUUCGAUAAUAUGUAUGACGCUAAUGGGGCGCUAACAAACAGGCCCUUGUCCCACAUUUAUGUGGCGUUGACCUGAAAGCCACUCUUCGUAUAAGUACGGGCUAGUAGCACGGAAUAAUGAUGGUUUUGUUCGGGUUUCGUAGAUUUUGAAUGAAAAUAUAUCUUUCCUUCUUCUUUUUCGAGGGAUCUUGGCCUUUAAUAUUUAAUUUACUUUUGUGAUUUCCUUUCUCUUCGUUUGUGUGAUUUUAAUUUAUCUGUCGUAAUCAAGAAUGAAAUCGGACUUGGUGGCGCUCUGGACCACCAUCAUUGCAGGCGCUCUUUCAGGUACAACUACGGCUGCUGCUCUUGAGCCCAUUCGGGAUGUAGCUGUACGAGCCUUGCCGAACGCUCCCGAUGGGUAUACGCCUGCCGAAACAAGGUGCAGCGACAGCCGUCCGUCAGUUCGCAGUGCGGCAACGCUCUCGCAAAAUGAAAGGUUCUGGCUGGAAAGAAGAAGAAAGCAGACCACCGAUGCGAUGAAAGAUUUCUUCGGCCGCGUUACCAUUGACGGAUUCGAUGUGCGGGCUUACCUUGAAAACAAUGCGCAAAACCAUUCUGCGCUCCCUAAUGUUGGAAUUGCGGUUUCAGGUGGUGGAUACAGAGCUUUGAUGAAUGGUGGAGGCGCAUUGAAGGCAUUUGAUAGCCGGACAGAAUCUGCCACGGGCCCUGGACAACUAGGUGGCCUGCUGCAGUCGGCCACUUAUCUAUCCGGUCUAAGCGGUGGCGGAUGGCUCGUCGGAUCACUUUAUAUCAACAAUUUUACCACCGUUUCGGAAUUAGAGGCAGAUGAGGAUGGAUCGGUAUGGGAGUUUAGCGAAUCGAUUCUCGAAGGCCCAACAGAAAAGGGUAUCAAGUUUCUCAAUUCCGUCGAUUAUUACAAGGAAAUAUACAGGGCCGUAGAGGGGAAGAAAGAUGCUGGAUUUGAUGUUUCACUGACAGAUUAUUGGGGCCGCGCUUUGUCGUACCAGCUCAUUAAUGCCCCGGAAGGCGGGCCAGCGUAUACAUGGUCCUCCAUUGCGCUUAGCCAGGAUUUUAAGGACGGGAAUAUGCCACUGCCCAUCCUGGUUGCCGACGGAAGGAAUCCUGGGGAGUUGUUCAUCGGAGGCAACGCCACAGUAUUUGAGUUUAACCCUUGGGAAUUUGGCACAUUCGACCCGACUGUCUUUGGCUUCAUUCCAUUGGAGUUCCUCGGGUCAAAAUUCGAAGCAGGGACCGUGCCCCGGUCCGAAUCUUGCGUACGUGGUUUUGAUAACGCGGGUUAUAUCAUGGGCACAUCAUCAUCCCUCUUUAACCAGUUCUUGCUGAACUUAGAUGGCGUUGAUGUGCCGGGAUUUGUCAUAGAUGCAUUCAAGUCUAUCCUUGAGAGCAUUGGAGAAAGUAACAAUGAUAUCGCAGCUUACGAGCCCAAUCCCUUUUUCCGCUACUCCAACGAUACGUCGCCAUUCGCGAAGGAGGAAUCCCUAAACCUUGUGGAUGGUGGGGAGGAUCUGCAAAAUAUUCCUCUUCAUCCUUUGAUUCAGCCAGAACGGCACAUCGACGUCAUCUUUGCCGUGGACUCUUCUGCCGACAAUGACUUCAACUGGCCAAAUGGCACCGCCCUGGUCGCAACUUAUGAGCGCAGCAUGACCUCCAGCAUUGCCAAUGGCACCGUCUUCCCAGCAAUCCCGGACGUGAACACCUUCGUCAACCUGGGACUUAACAAGAUGCCCACAUUUUUCGGGUGUGACAGUGCGAACAUGACGGGGCCUUCUCCUCUAAUAGUCUAUAUCCCCAACUCGCCCUAUGUAGCCUUUUCCAAUGUCUCCACAUUCCAAAUGGAAUACUCCGUCGAACAGCGCCGUAAGAUCCUUCAGAACGGAUACAACGUUGCAACCAUGGGUAACGCCACCGUUGACAAAAACUGGCCUACUUGUGUUGGAUGUGCAAUGCUCAGCAGGUCUUUUGAGCGCACAAAUACGCCAGUUCCUGAAGCCUGCAAGAACUGUUUCGAGGCAUAUUGUUGGGAUGGACGGGUUGAUAGCACUGUUCCUUCAGUAUACGAGCCAAAACUGCUGCUCGGGCCCGUGAAUACGAAAAGUGCGGCGUCUGACAUUGUCCCACAUUCAUUCGCUUUGCGCAUUGCUGCUGUUGGUGCGGUAACGAUAAUGCUGCUGUAGUACAAUGUACCAGCAUGUAACCCUUCUUUGGAUGUUUCCUUGACCCUUUUUUUUUUUUGGUCCACUGCAAGGCACAAUUAGCGCUGUGCUUCUCACCGCCUUUUUUAGCCAAUCGCAAGUUUGUUGUGGAGGUUACGCACCAAUUAGGAAUCAGAAAAGAGGUGGCAGAAAAUCCACGCUAAUUGUGCCUCGCGAGGAGCCAGUGACAAAUGUGUCAAAUUGGUCUUUU